CGCGCACCGCCCGAACCCCGCCGGGCGCAGACUCGGGGCCUCGUCCGGGAGCAGCCAUGGCCACCAUCAACGGGGAGGUGGAAAACGGGCAGCCGGACCAGAAGCCCGCCCUGCCGCGCCCCGUCCGCGACCUGGAGGUCAAGUUCACCAAGAUAUUUAUCAACAAUGACUGGCAUGAAUCCAAGAGUGGAAAGAAGUUUGCCACAUAUAACCCGUCAACUCUGGAGAAAAUAUGUGAAGUAGAAGAAGGAGAUAAGCCCGAUGUGGACAAGGCCGUGGAGGCCGCGCAAGCCGCCUUCCAGAGGGGCUCCCCGUGGCGCCGGCUGGAUGCUCUGAGCCGAGGCCAGCUGCUGCAGCAGCUGGCCAACCUCCUGGAGCGGGACCGAGCCAUCCUGGCCACCCUGGAGACGAUGGAUACCGGGAAGCCCUUCCUGCAUGCCUUUUUCAUUGACCUGGAGGGCUGCAUUAAGACCUUCAGAUAUUUUGCAGGGUGGGCAGACAAAAUCCAGGGCAGGACCAUCCCCACAGAUGACAAUGUUGUGUGCUUCACUAGGCACGAGCCAGUCGGGGUGUGUGGGGCCAUCACUCCAUGGAACUUCCCCCUGCUGAUGCUGGCGUGGAAGCUGGCACCCGCCCUGUGCUGUGGGAACACCGUGGUCCUGAAGCCAGCCGAGCAGACUCCCCUCACUGCCCUUUAUCUCGGCUCACUGAUCAAAGAGGUUGGGUUCCCUCCAGGCGUGGUGAACAUCGUACCAGGAUUUGGGCCCACGGUGGGAGCAGCAAUUUCUUCUCACCCUCAGAUCAGCAAGAUAGCCUUCACCGGGUCCACAGAGGUUGGAAAGCUGGUUAAAGAAGCUGCAUCCCGGAGCAAUCUGAAGAGGGUGACACUGGAGCUGGGGGGGAAGAACCCCUGCAUCGUGUGUGCUGAUGCUGACCUGGACUUGGCAGUGGAGUGUGCCCAUCGGGGAGUGUUCUUCAACCAAGGCCAGUGCUGCACAGCUGCCUCCAGGGUGUUCGUGGAGGAGCAGGUCUACGCGGAGUUCGUCAGGCGCAGCGUGGAGUACGCCAAGCAACGGCCGGUGGGAGACCCCUUUGAUAUCAAGACCGAACAGGGGCCCCAGAUCGAUCAAAAACAGUUUGACAAAAUCCUUGAGCUGAUUGAGAGUGGGAAGAAGGAAGGAGCCAAGUUGGAAUGUGGAGGCUCAGCCAUGGAAGACAGAGGACUCUUCAUCAAACCCACUGUCUUCUCAGAGGUUACUGACAACAUGCGGAUUGCCAAGGAGGAGAUUUUUGGACCGGUGCAGCCAAUACUGAAGUUCAAAAACAUCGAAGAAGUGAUAAAAAGAGCAAAUAGCACAGACUACGGACUCACAGCAGCCGUGUUCACAAAAAACCUGGACAAAGCCCUGAAGUUGGCUUCUGCGUUGGAAUCAGGAACAGUCUGGAUCAACUGCUACAAUGCACUCUAUGCACAGGCUCCAUUUGGUGGCUUUAAAAUGUCGGGAAAUGGCAGAGAACUAGGUGAAUAUGCCCUCGCUGAAUACACAGAAGUGAAAACUGUCACCAUCAAGCUCGAGGACAAGAACCCCUGAAGGAAAGGGGGCUCUCAAACACGGGACACCUCCCUUGGCAGACCAGACUUGCUGAAGGGAAAAACUACAGGACUGACCUUCCUGGAACACUCCCUUCCGGAUACUUUCAGUCUACUGGAGCUGGGUUUUAUUUUCCUCUCUCACACUCCUGUUUUAUUGACCUGACUCUGGAUGCCCAUAUGUUGUGUGUGAAAUUGCAGUUCCACCUGGGGAGGGCGCUAUUGGCCAUUUCUGAUGUUGCCUUUAGACCAAGUGUGAGAGACAGUGAAGAUUCUCAGGGCUCUGUUAGCAAGAAAUCCAGAUGUCUAGCAGGGGCUUCAAGAUGCUCUGCUGAAUCCAACUCCAGUGAGAAUUUGGAAAGUGCUUCCCACAUGAUCUGCAAGCCCCGCACCUGUGGUCCCCUCACGGUCACCUGUGCACAAGCCCCUCCUUGUUCUGAGGUAGGGGUGAGACCAUUCCAGAGGAAAAGACUAGCACCAAGUUAAAAAGUAAGAAAAGGAUUUUGAGGUUAUGACGGGGAGAUUUGGGGGAGCACAUAUCAGGCAAGGGUACCAGAGGCCCUGGGCACGCACAGGGUUGAGUGGGGGGGGCUGCAUGUUGACAUUGACUAUGGGAUUCACGCUGAAACCAGUACGGCCUUUGGACUCUGACCAAAUUGACAUCCCAAAGAGCUUACUGUAGAUCUGUGAUAGUUCACCUUAACCAAGGCACUUUCUUAUGUGGGAGACAUUGUCAGUAUCACCAUAGCUGCUGAGGACCUACUGUGCUGGCAGCACAACAACAGAGCAAAUCCUAGGAUAACUCAGUGCUGCAUUUGGAAAAUCAGAACCAUAAUUCACUUUUUCAAAUUACAUAUUUUAGCAUAUUUGGUAAUGGUUUACAAUAGCCUAUAUACUUCUCCUUUUCUCCAGCUCUGUUAUCCACUUUAGAUUAGUAAAAUGCACACACCUGGGAAGACUGCUGUUAUAAUUCAUCCCCUUUUUUUUUUUAAGUUUUAUUUUGGUAUUGAUUUCUGAUUAGUUAACAAAUAACUUCCGGAUUCCAUGGAGGAACUCGAUCUUCAUCCAAGUGAUCUGAGUAUUUCACUAACAAACUAGGAAUUUUUCUUUUCCUCUUUUGUGUAUCCAAAUUAUGGGCAAUUCCAUGCUUUAACUUAGAAAACUGAAAUUAUUCCCAUAUAGCUUUAAAAACAAAACCAAACAAGUUGUGUUAUUCAGGUACUUUUACUAAACCAAUACUUUCCUAACUGGAAAAAUGGUGCUUAUGUUUGAAGAUUAAGUUGGAGAGACAAUAAUAAAGUGAAGGUCUAUGUCAGAACCAAUGUGUGUGUAAAGAAAAUUAUAUAUGAAUUAGGAUAUCAUCCUAGUCAGAGAUAUAAAAUAUGCAAUUCACCUUCUUUGCUCCAUCAGUGAACACAUCACUUACACUACCAAUAGCUUGUCAAACAGUAUUUGAUUUUCACACUGAAUUUUCAGUAUCCCAAGAAACUAUAGACCCUAACCGUCAUUGUAGUACCUUAGAGGGUUCCUACUCUUUCACUGUACAAUAAUGUCUUUAAUAUGAAAUGCUACAUUAUUUAUAAUUGGUAGAUUUAAUGUGUCUUUUAUAGCUGUAAGUACACAGAGGUAGUAUAUUUAACCUUCUGUAAUAUAAUGUAUUUAGAAAUGAAAAUCUAUAUAAUGUUAGAUUUCACUUCUUUUAAGGUUUACCCCUGUGGUAUGGUUUAAAAAAAUAUCAGACUGGGAAUUCUGAUCCCAACUGCAGACUGUGUUCAACAGUGAUAAAAUAAAUUUAGAUAUUUGAGAAAUGUUUUUUUCAUCAACCAAACUCAUUUUAAUUCUGUGGCAAGCUUUUCUCCUUCCGAUACCUGCUGUACACUAUGGCUUGUAAUAAAAUAGUAUCAGCACCAUAAAUCAAA